CCCAAAAGGGCUUAGUAGUUUAUCAUCAUUGGUGAAAGUCGUGCGCCGUAAAAAGAACCCUAAGUUUCGCUUUUGCGAGUCAAAAUGAUGAAUGCGAGUGAGAGGAAUGCAACAAGGAAGCUUAGACGUGUGGGGAAGAAGCUCCUCAAGAAAUCUUCUGUUCAUAAACUUCUGCCACUGCUUCAAAAAUUGGAGUCGCUACUAUCAAGCCUGGAACAAGAACCAACCGAGCCAAUUCAAGAAUCACUUGUACCUUCAAAGAAGGCUCUGAUCUCCGACAAACUUUUGAGGCACACAGAUGAGGAUGUUAAGCUUUCAGUUUUAUCUUGCAUCACUGAGAUUACAAGAAUCACAGCACCAGAUGCCCCUUAUGAUGAUGAACAAAUGAAGGAAAUCUUCAAGCUUAUAGCGGCAUCUUUCGAGAAAUUGUCUCACAUAUCUGGUCAUGAAAAAGCACUUGACAUACUUGAUAAUGUCGAUAAGGUCAAAUUAUGCAUGGUCAUGCUGGACCUUGAGUGUAAUGACCUGGCUAUUGAAAUGUUUAAGCAUUUUCUGAGGUUUAUAAGGUCAAACCAUCCCCGUAACGCAAUUCAUUCAAUGGAAUCAAUAAUGACCCUGAUUUUGCAAGAAAGUGAUGACAUUUCCCCGGAUCUUCUUAGACCUCUGUUGGAUAGUGUAUGGAAUGAAAAUAAGGCUCUUUCACCUAUGUCUUGGAUAUUGGGGGAGAAAGUAAUUCGCAACUGUGCUGUUAAGCUCAAGCCCUAUCUCAUGAAGGCUGUGGAGUCCUCAGGCAGAGCUCUGAAUGAGUAUGCAGACAUAGUAACUGAUAUUUGCCAGAACAAAUCUGAAUCUGUCAAUGUGAUUUUUCAAAUGGUUCUGAACUUCUGAUUAGACAGUGAUUUACAAGUGGCAGAGUAACUAGUUAUUGGGUUGUGCAGAUGUUCCCCAGAGUUUUCACCUUUUGGUAGCCCCCUCCAUUUCAGGUGGUGGCUUCAGCAUAAUGGACUGCUAUAGGGAUAGGAGUGUUUUUAUUUUAUUACAUACAAUUUGAUAGGAUUCAUACAUUACAAUUGGAUAUCUUUAUUUUGAUAACUCAUCACAAUUCAGUCAUUUUAUUUGAAUGACGAGACUUUGCUUGAUGAAACUUGUUUACUUUUAUUAAGUAUUGAUAGGUGGGUGUUAUCUU